GAAGCUGCUGGAUGUCACGUCCGGGCCUCGCUCUCUGCGUCUUAUCGCUGGGCCCCGCGACAAGAUGGCGGACCUGUCCCUGGACGAGCUCAUACGGAAGCGCGGCGUAACCGUGAAGGGGAGGCUUAACACAAGGCCAGUGUUUGGAGGUGUGAGAUCUCGCAUUGGGAUCCAGCACAAUCUUCUCGGUAGAUCCUCUCCAGCUGUCGGCUUCCAGCGGACAUUUGAUGCCCGGCAGAAGAUUGGCCUCACUGAUGCCCGACACAAACUUGGUGUUAAAGAUGCCCGUGAAAAACUGGUUCAAAAAGACGCUCGGUUCAAAAUCAAAGGGAAAGUGCAGGAUGCUCGAGAGAUGCUGAAUUCCCGUAAGCAGCAAAGCGUUGCUACUGAAAAGGUGACCAAAGUGGUGGAUGCCAGAGAGAAGAUCAGCUUAAAAAGGAGCACUCCUGCUACUGCUGCUGCUAUCAGCCCAACUGUGGGGACAGUAAAUCCAGCCAUGAAAAUCACCAAAACUAUCCAACAGAAAGCUCCAGUUCCCGGACACUCUCAUCCGGCAGGAAUGUUUUUUUCAACCAUACACAGAAGCAGGUGCGGUCUAUAUGACAUGGAAGAUGAUGAUGAAAGUGUCUCUCCCCUUCCUAGCAAACAGAUGAAAAUCACCACCACGAACAGUUUCCUGCACAACGCGACUGGGCUGAGUGGCAAUAAAUUCUCUCUGUCCAAGACUGUUCCCCUGACUAAAGUGGUCCAGAAUGAUACUUACACAGCUCCUCCUGCACCUCCCUCCCCCAUGCGGACAAAGGACUUGACAAACAUGUCCCGGACCUUGGUGACAAAGGAGGAGCCCCCAAAAGAGCCAGCACCUGUUGAGCUGGUGUUCAGUCCUUUGGAAGGCACAAAGAUGACUGUUAACAAUCUGCAUCCUCGAGUCACAGAGGAAGACAUUGUUGAGUUAUUCUGCGUGUGUGGCGCUCUGAAGCGAGCCCGGCUCGUGCACCCAGGAGUGGCUGAGGUCGUCUUUGUGAAGAAAGAAGAUGCUAUCACAGCAUAUAAGAAAUACAACAACAGAUGCUUAGAUGGUCAACCGAUGAAAUGCAAUCUUCACAUGAAUGGGAAUGUCAUCACCUCAGACCAGCCUAUAUUGCUCCGGUUGAGUGAUACUCCUUCCGUGAAGAAGGAGGGAGAACCACGCCGGUCAAGUGCGAGCGCCUCUUCAAACCCCCCUGCUGAGGUGGACCCUGACACCAUCUUGAAGGCACUCUUCAAAUCCUCAGGGGUCUCUGCCUCUGUGCAGCCCACAGAAUUCAAAAUUAAACUCUGAGAAGGGAAAGCAAGACGUGGACUGGAAAACUCACUUAAGUCAGAGAAUGAGAGAAGUGUGGGAGUGCAGACGUUGUUUGCAUUUGCCUGCCUGGAAGUUUUGUUUUCUAUGAUCGCUACCUUACUGUACAAUAGUGUUUCCUCUUGUGUGUGUAUUUUCUGUUUUCAUAGUUGGAGUUUUCUUCCACAUUUUUUUUCCAAGAGAAUAACCUCCCCCUUUUGCCAGUAAUAUAUUACCAAGCAUAUAUGAUGUAAUUCCCUCCUUUACUCCAAAGCCCCUAGUGGCCAUUAAAAGUGCACAUAGACUCUAAGGAAA